AUGGCAUUCCAGAAGAUCAAGGUGGCCAACCCCAUCGUGGAGAUGGACGGAGAUGAAAUGACUCGAGUUUUCUGGAAAUCCAUAAAGGAUAAGCUUAUUUUACCCUUUUUGGAAUUGGACAUCAAGUACUUUGACCUUGGUCUUCCUCAUCGUGAUGCCACUGAUGAUAAAGUUACUGUUGAAAGUGCGGAGGCUACUCUUAAGUACAAUGUAGCAAUCAAAUGUGCAACUAUCACUCCAGAUGAAGGUCGUGUGAAGGAGUUUACUUUGAAGAGUAUGUGGAGGAGUCCCAAUGGCACUAUUAGGAAUAUUUUGAAUGGUACUGUUUUCAGAGAACCAAUUCUUUGCAAAAACAUCCCUCGCCUUAUCCCAGGCUGGACAAAGCCAAUAUGCAUUGGAAGACAUGCGUUUGGUGAUCAGUAUCGAGCAACUGAUGCUGUCAUUAAAGGACCUGGGAAACUGAAAUUGGUGUUUGUGCCAGAAGGCAAGGAUGAGAAAACAGAACUAGAGGUGUACAACUUCACAGGUGAGGGGGGAGUAGCGUUGGCCAUGUACAACACCGAUGAGUCCAUCCGUGCUUUUGCAGAGGCUUCCAUGACCACUGCUUUUGAGAAAAAGUGGCCUCUUUAUCUUAGCACAAAGAACACUAUUCUUAAGAAGUAUGAUGGAAGAUUCAAGGACAUAUUUCAAGAAGUUUAUGAAGCCAAGUGGAAGUCACAGUAUGAGGCUGCUGGCAUAUGGUACGAGCACCGUCUCAUUGAUGAUAUGGUGGCUUAUGCACUUAAAAGUGAUGGUGGGUAUGUUUGGGCAUGCAAGAAUUAUGAUGGAGAUGUGCAGAGUGAUUUCUUAGCUCAAGGGUUUGGCUCUCUUGGAUUGAUGACAUCAGUACUGGUGUGCCCAGAUGGAAAGACUAUAGAAGCAGAAGCUGCCCACGGCACAGUUACUCGGCAUUACAGGGUUCACCAGAAAGGAGGUGAAACCAGUACAAACAGCAUAGCUUCUAUCUUUGCUUGGACAAGAGGGCUUGCACACAGGGCAAAGUUGGAUGACAAUGCGAAGCUUUUGGAUUUCACUCAGAAACUGGAAGAAGCUUGCAUUGGAACUGUGGAAUCUGGGAAAAUGACCAAGGAUCUUGCACUCAUUAUUCAUGGACCUAAGCUUGCUAGGAACCACUACUUGAAUACGGAAGAGUUCAUUGAUGCUGUGGCAGAGGAACUCAGAGCAAGGCUUUCUUGA